CAACAGCGAACGGUAUAGCAAACGCGAAGUUAAACGAGCGACCUGAAAGGAUAUUUAAGAAUUGUGGAAUAAAUUAAAAUACAAGAGAAAAAUGUUUAAAAUCGUAUUGUGUGUGCUCAGCACAAUCCUGGUGGCGGAGUGCGCGCUCCCAAGCCACAUUUCGGCUCGUGCCGAUAUCUCAUUGGGCAACUUUCUGCUGGCCCAUCAAGGACGCGCCACAACACCGUCAUCAAUGCAAUGUUUCAGUCUUUAUGUGCCGCUGCUGACCGAAGCGUCCAACCAGUGGGCCGCAGAAUAUGAGAAAUGCGUGAAAGCGGCCGAAGAUGGUCGUGAUAAUAUUUUGGCGCAGGCGAGCUCGCAACAGAAAGACAUCUCUACAUUGGCAGGUGGUGUUUGUAAUUACGUGCAAUCGUGUGAUGUUAUCAGUGAUUCGUUGUCGGCGCUCGACUGUUUCGGCUACUUGUCUUCAAACACACUAUCCACCAUUUACACGGUCUCCAAUAAUGCUUCCGAUCUAGCAGCUACCUUGCGUCAGCAAAUAAACCUCAUUGACGUCGAGUCCUAUCGCUGCUCAAACGCAAGUGAACGUCAGUAUGUGGAGCGCACAGGACAAAUCUACACGGCGCUCAAUUUUUGCUUGGAAAAUGGCCCACCACCAACAAUAGCACCACCCACCACCUCCACUGCCGCCACCCCUGCUCCAUUGUCCGCUGCCGUAAAUGAUAUCAAACCGAUUUCUGCUCCUCGUCGUACGCCCCUGGGUGUUUUGAACAGUCAACCUCGUUCGGCUAUUCCUGCACCGAGGAGUGGUUUAAUUACCGUUUUAAAUAAUUCGUGGCAACAAAAUGGAGAUCAAGCGGCACAAAAUGUGUAACAUGUUGUUGUAAAAUAACGCCGCAAGAAAUUCUGUUUUACUGUCACAAGCGAAAUACGAGUAAACCGAAAAGGCAAAAAUAUAUAUAUUGAAAUCCUAAAGCAUACACAAGUAAA